AUGCCGCCUAAACGAAAAAUACGUGAUUUAUCUAAUAAGAAUGAUCAAAUGUCAUUUUUUGAUCCAGUUUAUCAGAAUGAUAUUAUACAAAUAAGUGAUGAUGAAGAUGAGAAUGAUUUAUUAGCUGAUGGUAUUCCACGACCAACAUUUGGUAAAGCAAAUAAAAAUGAAUCUAACGAAACAUUAGAUAAUGAUACAAUAAUAAAUAGUGAUCAAGAUCAAUCAACAGAAAUAAUUUCAAGAUCGAAAAUUGUAAGUCGUAUAACACAAAUACAAAAAUCAAUUCAUCAAGCACGUACAAUGCUUGUCUCAAUGGAAAAAUUUAAAAAUAUAGUUCCGGGUAGUGAUGAACAACGUGAAAAACUUCAUUCGAUUCUUACAAAUCUUGAAGAACAACAAGCUAGUUAUGUUAAUUUACUCGAUUUAAUUACGUUAACAGAAAAAGAACGUUCAGCAAUGAUCAAUACAAAUAUGGUUGAACCUGAUGAUGAUGAUGAUGAUUUAUCACUUCGAGGUAAUGUUCAAUCUCCAAUUCGACCACGUAUAGAAAGUAAAAUCGGUUUUAUUCCACAAGCACUUCCAACUGUUCUACCAACAUUAAAUCUAUCGGAUAAUGAACAAACAAAUCGUAAUGAUUAUUCUAAUUAUGAUUCACUUGUUGGUAGUCUUAAAAGUGAUACAAUAAUUCAUUGGAAAGAUCAACAAGCGACUUCUGAUGAUGAAGCAAGUGGAGAUGAUGUUGAUGAAAGUGACAAAGAAAUGGAAAAAAAUUUAACAUUACAAAAAGAACAAUUACGUGCUUUACAAGGUCAACAACGAGCAUUACUUGCUUUAAAACAACGUUCAGAACAACAACAAAAAUUAACUAAUCAAAAAAGUACAGAUUCGGAAGAAAAUGAUCUUCUAUCUGAUAUUAAUAAUUUACGUAAUCGUUUAAAAUUACUUAAAAAUCGGUACGAAAAAAAAUAUGAAAUUGAAAUGCAACAAUUACAAAAAUCAUCAAAAAAACCACAACUAACAGCAGAAAAUCGUUUAAAAAAUCUCGAACAUGUUCGUGAACGAUUAAAUGAAUUAGAACAAAUUGUUGCAUAUUAUCAAAACGAUGAUACACAAGAUCAACAAACAAUAAAUAAUUAUAAUACUCCUAAACAACUCGAUACAUUAUCAAAUCAAUUAACUGCUAAAAAAUUAGAACUUGAACAAGCAAAAUCAGCUUUAAGUCAACUUCAACAAAUGGUAAAACAAAUUCAACCAGAUGAAUUUUCUACAUCAACACAUUCAACUCCAUUAUCAUCUAAAAGCAAUGAUAUUGAUCGUAAUAUGAAUCAAUUUAUCUAUAAUCCGCAAAUUGAAACAUUAAGUACAAAUACAAAGUCUAGUCGUUUAUCAAAUACACAUACACCUCAACAAGUUCCAAAAUCUUUUUCAUCAACAAAUAAUUCUGUAGAUAUUAAAAUGGCAGCACAACAUCGUGAAAUUGAACGUUUAGUUGAAUCUCGAUCACGUUUACAUACAUUAAAAGGUCAAAUAACAUCAUUACAUCAAAGUAUGAAUACACCAACAAUUCAAACAGAAUCUUAUGAAGAUCAAUUAAAUAAUCCGAAAAAUAUUCGACCAUUAUACAAAUCUGAGUCAGAAGAAGAUGAUGAUGAUGAUAAUAAUCGUAUUAAACAAAGUAAUUUCUGUGUAUCGGACAAUUUUAUUAAUGAAAAUGAAUUAAGUAUUCAAAUGCGUGAAGUAUGUCGUUGUUUAUCAACAUUUAUCGAAGAACAAAAAUCUUUCAAUCGUCAUAUUGAAGAACGUCUUACAGUUGCAACGAAUUCACCCGUACCACAAACAACUGAUCCAAUAUUUAAUCAAUUACAACAACAAGUUUUAACUCAAGGUCUUAUUGUUAAUUUAAAUACAGCAUAUCGUGAAAUAGCUGUUUUACAAUCCGAAAUUAAUGCACUUCAAUCGGAAAAUAAUCGUUUAACAUCUUCAAUAUCAUUUGAUAAACAAUAUCAUCAUCAAAUUCCAAGAGAUAAUUCAAAAGAAUCGAUAUAUAAUUUUCUUCCAAAAAUUCGUCCACAAUCACGAUCAUCUACUGAUGAACAAUUAAAAUUACAAAAUCAUAUAUUUGAAAAUUCAAGUAAAACAUCAUUCAAUAGUCAAAGUACUGGAAAACAAACAGCUAUUCAUGUAGAAAAAAUCAAUAUGGAAACAUCAAAUAAACAAGAAAGUUCAGCUUCACAACAAAAAUCAUCUAUUCAUAAUCUUUCGAAUCCUUAUCGGGCUCUAUCAACAGAAAAUCUUUCGAAUUCAUUUAUAAUCCAUCGACGACCUGCUCUCAAUGAUAAUGAAAAAUAUAAUUAUAAACAAAAACUUGAUCAUCAAUCUUCAGUAUCAUCUAUUGAUGAUUAUCAACCAUUACAAGAACUUACAUUUGAUGAUGAUGAUGAUAAUGAUAAUGAGGAACCAUUAAAUGAUUUUCCAACAUCUUCUAAGGAGAUAAAUAAUGUUGAUUUACAUACAAUUGAUUUACAAGUUAAAUCAAUCAUGGUUCAAUUAAUUCCAUUUAUGCGAACGCAUAUUAAUGAAAUUUUUAAUCCAGCAGUUUUAAAUCAUAUUCAUGAACGUAUAUUAUUUUUAUUCAAACAACAACCUGAUUCAGCUCAAUUGAUACGUCCAUUUGAAAAUCAAUUUGCUGAUAUAUUAGAAAAAGCUAUUGAAAAAUAUUGUGAAACAAGUAUUCGUGAAUGUGCCGCGGAUCUUAUUCGUGAUGUAUCUGAUGUUACAUUUGAUGAAUUAAUUAAAUAUAAAAUGUAUGAAAAUACAAAUACUGAACAAAAUCUUCAACCAUUAAUUAAUCAAAAUGAUGUAGAAAAUGAGAAUAAAUAUCAAAUUGAAUUAGCUGAAUCAGAAAAUCGACCAUUAACAUUAAUUGGAAGUGAUGAAGAAGAUUGUGAUUCUGAUCAAGAAGAAAGUCAACAUAGUGAAUUAGAAACAGCUGUAUCACGUCAAGUAAGUAAUCUUCAUGAAAAUGAAAGUCCAAUAUCAUCCGACUCGAAUUCAAAUGGUCAUGAAUAUGUUCUUGUCAAUCGUUCAACAAGCGACGGUGUUAUACAUGAGAAUCAUAAACAAGAAGAAUGA